AUGAGCUACUACGAUAUCGACGACAUUCUGGCAGAUUCCACCAAGGUUCCGUGCCGGUUUAACUACAACAUUCCUGGUCUUGGAUACCUUGAAGGUAACAUUGGCCAGGAUAUCAAAAAAAAUGCUAAAGUCGAGCUCCCGCUGUGGCUAGGUCGGGUUUUGGCUAUUGUAGGAGGAGAUUCAGAGUCAUCGGGGUUAGAGGAUGACGAAGCAUUGUCUUUUAUAGAACUCAUAACUCCUGAGUUGCUGGCACCAAGAGUUAUCAAUGCCAUCAAAUCAGGACCUGUAAGUUUAGAUGUACGGUCCAUAAAUUCGCACUUCUACGCGCUGGCCGUUAAAUGGGCAACACUUUUCAACGACCGCAAUUUGGUGGAAGUUUUGAACUACAUGUUGCUCGAAAGAAGUCAGGAAAUCCGCAAUCAUGCAUCCAGUACCGAUUUGGAUAACCUUGCACAGGGACGAGACCCAAGUACAUUCAUGUUAACCUUGGACGAAUUUGAAAAAGUAAUCUAUAGGAGUAGUCAUGAAAGUUGCAAAGAUAUGAAACAAUGGAUGGUGCAAAAGUAA